AGCACGCUAUAUAUGAUGAAGCAGAGGCAACCUGUAGCUUCAGAGAUGGAUCCACGACUUGUCAUGCUGUUGCUGAUAGCCUUCAUCGGUUGUCUGGUGAGUGGCAUCGUUGGGUUGGUAGUGCCUUGCAAGAAUUGCGCUGUACAGAAACAAAGGACUGAAGAAACAUUAUCUGCGGAACAAUUGAAGAAUGCACGUAUCGAACUGAUAAAAAAACAAAUUUUGAGUAAGUUAAAGUUAGAGCAUCCACCUAAAUUAAAUAAAUCAACCAUACCAAAUAUUAUAACAAAUGGUGUCAUAUUGGGGAAUCCAGAAGAAGAAGUUGUGAUCCAUGAUGGAAAUAUGGAUGAUUAUUAUGGAACCACACAGAAUAUUGUGCUACUUUCUGAGAAUACCACGUCUCAUCUUUGUCCACAAGCAACAUCUCAGUCAGUCUGUUUUUAUUUCUACGUUGAUCCGUCUAAAGUUUCUACGGAAUCAAUAGCUUCAGCUUAUCUAUGGAUAUAUCGCAAAGAGCAAGAACAACGCAAUCUGACAUACACCCUCUAUAAUAUCCAGUAUAAGACAAACGAAAGCGAAUAUUGGCAAAGAGUAUUGAGAGAAGAUCGUAUGGAAUGGGUGAGGCCAGGCUGGUAUAAGAUUAACAUAGCUCGAACAUUAACCAAUUGGUUAAAUUCUUAUCAGAUUUUCAAAAUGGACUGCGAAGGAUGCGACGAUCAACCGAUAGAAACAGAUUCGGAUAAUAGGCCAUUUAUUGUUAUCAAUACGGAUGCGACAAUGCGUGUCAAUAGACGAAAGCGUAACGUAGAUUGUACCGAACAAUCGACGGGUUGUUGCCGCGAACAAUUUUUUCUGGCAUUCUCCGAUAUCGGAUGGAAUGAUUGGAUAAUACAACCACCCGGUUAUACGGCUAAUUACUGUAAAGGAAACUGUAUAGAUGAUGCAAGUCUGACGAGAUUUCAUCACACUACCGUCAUACAGCAACACCUUCAAAAAAUGAAAGCUAAAAACGAAAGUACUCCGUUAUCUUUAUGCUGUUCUCCUUCAAGGUUGUCUUCUAUAUCUUUAAUAUACAUGGACGAAAAUCAAGCUAUUUUUCAGAAAGUUCUGCCAAAUAUGAUUGUAGAAGCUUGUGACUGUGUAUAAAAUUUGUAAAACACUGUUUUAGCUGUGUUUCGCUUUGUGUAUGUUACGGGACGUAGACGAGGAAAACACAACCUUCCAUUCUUUUAUUUAUAUAAAUUAUAUGUUACGGUGUGAAUGAGUAUCGCAAUUAUGCAAUUUCCAAGAAGUAAAACUGUGAACUUCGUUAAGAAGUUGUUAUUGUUGCACUGCCGGCAGUGUGAAGGUUUAUUCAGUCUCUUUUAUUUAAAACGUGUGAGAGUGACUUUUUUUCUAUGAGAGACGAAUGAAACCGGCAUAUUUAUCACAAAAAAUUAUGGAACUCGAACCCACCUGAAGUAUGAAAAAGAAUCACAUCAUAUAAGACACGGUUUGUUUUGUUUUUUUUUAAUUAUUGAAUAAAAAUGUGGACUUAUAUGA